GAUAUUGAGUGCGCAUUUCUUCUUUCUCUCUGAAUCUCUCUGAAGCUUUUGGACCCCUCCUCAGCUCUCCGGUGGAUGAGAAGGAAACUUGAAAGGAAAAACCCAACUUGUUUGCAGGUGUUGGAGCUCAUCAGUCGUGAAGGAGAAGCAAAGUCCUUUCAUUCGGAACAUGAGCACUUCAUUGGAGAGGGUUGUGGCCCAGAAGAAGGAGGCCAUUGAGGCAGUGAUGGACAUGUUUGAGAAGGGGGCCGAGGUGUUGGCCAGUGCUGUCGGCGAGCUCUUUCCCCUCUGCGAGGCCGCCGCCCCGGUUCUCCGCCUGGCCUUAGACAAUGUCCACAGCAAAGAGGUCUUCUACGUUAAAGAGCAGUUCCUGACGGUGAGGAACAAGCUCGACGUGCUCUCCACCCAACUGGAAGACAUUGACAGCGAGAUUAAGAAAGGGAGACUGGAUUCCCAGUACUUCUCAGUGGAGGAGAACAUUAGGAACCAGUUUCGGAAGUAUAUGGACAUCUUGGAGGCAAAACAGCAGUUCAGGGAGGUGAAGACCAGACUUUUUGUGGAGCACUUUGCCAAAACUGGAGGCGAGAAGAACCUGUUUGUGCUGUAUGAUGCUCUGAUGGGAACAAACAGCUUUGGAGAGUCAGUUUUAGAGGUGGUCGAAAGGUAUGUAACGAGGAACCGUCGUCUCCUUGAAGAUUUCUGUGUCCGGAUGAAGGAGCUUUUCUGUUUGGGCCUGAUUGCUCUGCUGGGCCACUGUGCCUUAACCCAGGGCCAAGAGGAAGAAGAUGACAAAAUCCUUGAGUGGUGUAGCAAAAUUGAAGAAGUUGAGUCUAAGAUGAAGACCACCAUCGAGUCCUGUAUCGCUGCCUUCCCGGAGCAAGCCCAAUUAGACGCCAAGCACCUCCUGCAAGAGAAAGAAGAACAAAAUCUGCAAGACACGACUCAGCAGCUUCUUGAGUUCUUGGUGAAAAAGUAUGAUUGGGUCAGCUGGUCAGUGCGGCUUAUCAACCAUUCAGGGAGCACAUACCGGAACUGGCGAGCAGGCGAGCAUUUUCACCACGUGGCAGGACAGAACUGGUUUGAGGUGCUACAGGUAAACAACAUCAACUUGGUGGUGUCAUAUAGCACUAAACCGCAGCCGGUGCCCCGCGACUGCAUCCGGCAGGUGAUGGAGGGCCAGGGGAAGAAGGGAAACGCCCCAGUGGUGGUGGAGGUGUUGGAGAAGCAGCUGUGUGGGUUUGUUGUUCACGCCGUAAGUCGCCACAAGGAGUCUGCAGCCGCGUGGAGCUUUCCGGAAGAUUGUCACUACUGGGAGAGACACAAGAAUGUGGCAGUGUGUGUGCACUCGGAAUAAAGGUCAUAACGUGUUUCAGAUUUUAGGAUUUUACCACAGAGGAAUUAGAUACUGGAGAUGUAUCUUGCUUGUCCAGAGAAUAUCAGUAUGUAAGUUUGUGAUUUUGUAAGUUUGUAAUCUCUCAGAAACUGGGGAUGCACAUAUCCAAUAGGCUUGAUGGGUGAAUGUUUAGCACCACAACAAUCCAAUGUGCAUAAUGUUAUCUGAUUCAUCAAUACUGCAGCUAAAGCAGUUUUCCCUCUAGUCACCCGAAUAGGAUUCGUACAGCAGGGCGCCUGAUCGCUUUCUGUUCUGCUCCUUCGUUUUUUGGGCUGACCUUAUGCAACAGCAUACAUCAGAACUCAUAGAUUCCACUUCUAGUUAAGAAGUAAUAUACAGUCAGUGAAGAACUAAUCUGAUCCUUUACUUACUAAAAGUGUCAAUACAACAAUGUAAGAACAGUCCAUUACAAGUAAAAGUCCUGCCUGUACAGAAGUAAUAUAUCAGCAACAUUUCAAACUGACCCGAUGUGUGCAAAUAUUUUAUAUGACAUUAUUAGAUCGCUACUAGAUGCAUCGAUAUGUGCAAAGCAUGCCAGAAACAUUGUAUUUCAGAUCAUUUGUUAUAAUACUAUUAUCACAAAUGCACUUUUAUUAGCUUUCUGGGUUAUGUGAACGUUGUAUACAUGUCAAUAUUGGAUUAACAGACAUUUGAUGUCAAUGUAUUCCAUGUUGUAGCUCUUUAAAUAAUAACUGCUUGCAUGACUGUGUAUCUUUUUACUUGUAAUUUAGGAUUUACUAACCACUUUGGUUAUAACAUUAGGACACCUUAUAAGACUAACACUGUGUAAUGGGACAUGUCUUAUGCUUUUACCUAAGCGCAUACAGUACUAAUCCAGUCUCGCAUGAGAAAUGGCUUCUGCACCUACAGCUUUAAAAAGAUGGUUUUGCUGAGGCUGCAUCUACCGAGCUGUGCUCCCAUUUUGUCUCUGCUCAGCAGGCUGGCCUACAUAACUCUGACGGGGGGGACAGAGGUCACUUUUUCAGGCGUGAAAAACAAGAGGCUUGGAGUUUGGCACUGGAGAUGCGACAAUGUGCCUUGUGUUUUAAACACAUUCAAACCCCCUGAACCAAAACAACCAAACCUCAGUGCUUAUCAGUGCUGUGCCUAGAUGUACGUAGUGUAUUAGCAGUGAUUUCAUCUGUAAGAUUCUUCAUUUGGGCAUUUUAUUUUAACAUUCGGUGAUAAAACCGCUGCGUCGUUUUGCAUUUCCCAGCCAAAUUUGAUACAUUUUCAACCUAUGUAUGCUUGUCUAUAUGUGAAGCAUUUUUCUUAGUUACCUUCGAGAAGGAGGUUAUGUUUUCUGAAUAAUCUUAAAAAUUUGUUCCCUGACUGGGAAUAUUCAAACUGCCUUAACAUUGUUAGAUAUGGCAUGCCUUAGCAAAGGUCUAGUCUCUCCAAAUGUCCUUCUAGUUUCUAAUGAUAUCCUGCUCAUUAUAAACACUCACACUUCCAUUUUGGUUAUUUCAAACAAACCACUGUGACUUUUGCCAGCAACACUUCACUCCCUGUGCUCAAAAGUUCUUCCCCAGGGAAGAGAAAUUUUACCCAGCAUUCUAGUUUUAACUGUCCACAACAGCUUCUUUUUUCAAAGAAAUAAAAUCAAUGCAUGAUCAAUGUUCAUCAUACUCUUUGUGCUUUAUGACAAUUAGUGACCACAUACAAAUAGUUAAUGGAUGUGUAAACAAGUAUAAUCUAAUAUCUGCCUCUCUUUUCUUGUACAAAUGUGAUUUACGCAGCACUGUUCACGUCUGUGCCCAUUAAAACCAGGCAGUGCAACCUCA